CUCCCCCUCGCCGCGUUCAAAACCCACCACCUCCCUCUCCCAGCGCGCUGCGCGGCCACCGCCCUCCUCCUCCUCCUCCUCCUCUCCUUUCUUCUUCCUCUUUCUGUUGCGACCUCGGCGCCGCCUGUACCGCCCGCCCAUGUGGGUUUGGCCAUGACGCGGCUUGCCGUGCGCGCUCUGCUGCUCCUCUUCUUGGCUGUGGCCUCGCCGUUUCUUGUUUCGCCCGCUGCUGCUGCUGCUGGCGGCGCCAAGCUCAACGCGUCGUCGUCGUCGCCGCUGUAUGGGAUCGAGUUCCCGCCGUUCAACGCCGGCGUAGCUGAUGGGGGAUGCGAUGGGAAGAUGGUGGCGCAGGAGGUGGAGGAGGAGGUGGUGGUGCUGAGCCGCUCCCCCUCGCUGAAGCUGCAUAUGACGCACCGGUCCGCCGCGGAGGCCGCCGCGGCGGGGAGGACGAGGAAGGAGUCGUUCUUGGACUCGGCGGAGAAGGACCUUGCGCGGAUCCACACGAUGCUCAGGAGGAGGGUGGCUAAGCAAGGCGGGCAAAGGGCGACGGGGGCGGCGGCAAAUCCGUCGCCGCGACGCGCGCUGACGGAGCGGAUUGUGGCGACGGUGGAGUCCGGCGUCGCGGUUGGGUCUGGGGAGUAUUUGGUGGAUGUGUACGUCGGCACGCCGCCGCGGAGGUUCCAGAUGAUCAUGGACACUGGCAGCGACCUCAACUGGCUUCAGUGCGCGCCCUGCCUCGACUGCUUCGAGCAGCGCGGCCCGGUGUUCGACCCGGCGGCCUCCGUGUCCUACCACAACGUCACCUGCGGCGACCCUCGCUGCGGCCUCGUCGCGCCGCCGGCAGCGCCCAGGGCGUGCCGCCGCCCGAUGGCCGACCCGUGCCCGUACUACUACUGGUACGGUGACCAGUCGAACACCACCGGCGACCUCGCCCUCGAGUCCUUCACCGUCAACCUCACCGCGUCCGGCGCGUCCCGCCGCGUCGACGGCGUGGUGUUCGGGUGCGGCCACUGGAACCGCGGCCUCUUCCACGGCGCCGCCGGCCUGCUCGGCCUCGGCCGCGGCGCCCUCUCCUUCGCGUCCCAGCUCCGCGCCGUGUACGGCCACGCCUUCUCCUACUGCCUCGUUGACCACGGCAGCAGCGUCGGCAGCAAGAUCGUGUUCGGCGACGACGACGCGCUACUCGGCCACCCGCGCCUCAACUACACGGCGUUCUCGCCGCCCGCCGCCGCCUCGGCAGGGGACACAUUCUACUACGUCCAGCUCAAGGGCGUCCUCGUCGGCGGCGAGAUGCUCAGCAUCUCGGCCUCGACGUGGGACGUCGCCAAGGACGGCUCCGGCGGCACAAUCAUAGACUCCGGCACGACGCUGAGCUACUUCGCCGAGCCGGCGUACCAGGUGAUCCGGCAAGCGUUCAUCGACCGCAUGAACAAGGCGUACCCCCUCAUCGCCGACUUCCCGGUGCUGAACCCGUGCUACAACGUCUCCGGCGUGGACAGGGUGGAGGUGCCGGAGUUCUCCCUCCUGUUCGCCGACGGCGCCGUCUGGGACUUCCCGGCGGAGAACUACUUCAUCCGGCUGGACCCGGAAGGCAUCAUGUGCCUCGCCGUCCUCGGCACGCCGCGCUCCGCCAUGUCCAUCAUCGGCAACUUCCAGCAGCAGAACUUCCAUGUCCUCUACGACCUGCAGAACAACCAGCUCGGGUUCGCGCCGCGGCGGUGCGCCGAGGUAUAGCCGGCCGGCGACACCGCCGGCCAUGGGAGGAUCGCCAAUUUGAGGUCCUCAUUUUGAUCGAAAUUCUUGUUUAGGUGGCCAAAUUUGGGGCAAAUUUGGGUGUAGAAAUUUUGAGGUGGAAACUGGAAAGGUCGGGAGGGGGUGGCACGCAAAGUUGUACGUAGCACAAGGUUUCCAAAUCUCCAAGCAAGGAGGUUUUUAGGAAUAAUUAGGAAUACUUCUUACCAAAAAGAUUGCAGCUUGUAUACAGAUUUUGGUUGAAAACAUUGUGCAAGAUUUCAUUUUUAUUUAUGUUUUAGCUUGGUCUGGUCA